AAUCCUAAUUGAAUAUUAGAAAGAACUUUCCAAUCGUCCAAGGUGUUCUCCAGGGGAAUCUGGUUCCUGGGAGUUUGGUGGAGCCUCCUUCCGUCUCUGGAGGUUCAGAAGCAGAGGCUGGAUAAUGGACACCUGUCAGGAGGGCUUGCAUUGUAGAUUCCUGCCUGUCAGAAGGAGAUGGGCUAGAUGGCUGUGGGAUCCCUUUCCAACUCCAGGAUCCAUAUCUUCUCAGGUCAAGAUGCUCACGGUUUGGACCGUCCUCUUGUGUGGCCUCCUGCCCUUCCAACAAGCUGCUGCGCAAGACCUCACGUUUGGGUUGGAUUUCAAAACCCUUGAAAAAGUACUCCCUCUACAUCCCUCUGUGAUGUUCCGCUAUAAUACUCUUCUCGGAGAAGACUUACCUGAUGGCAUCCCGAAUCCAAUUGGGGUUUUCACGCCUGUGACUGAUUUUGUGCGUCGUUUCGAGGAAUUAAUCGCCGAAGCCUCUUUUCGAAGGGUGCAAUCCAAUUCCGGAGCACCCAAGCUCGUGGUUGAGAACUACAUGACUGACCCAGCUCACAUCGAGGUCUUGUCUGGGCGGGUGUCCAGAGAUCUUAAUAGAGUUUUGAGGACCCGACAGCGGAACAUGGAUACCAGCCUCUCUAACGUCUUGAACCGCCACCUUCCUGGUGUGGUGCGUUCUCGAGGGAUCUGCUUCUCUGGGGUUAUUGGCCAUCCCCUUUUAGCCUCACAGUGUGUGGCACCCUUAUCAACCCCACAAGGAAUCCAAACUUUUCAGAUAAUUAUCAACAACUAUCUGAAUUCUCCCCCUACCAAAACCAUUUGUAGCAAGCCAUAAGGAAUGCAUGCUGGACAACCUCUUCUUGGUACUGACCAAGACAGAGCUCAGUUAUUUAGGCCUCCAUUUAAUUGCUACUCCCAAUCACCACAUCUCUGAUCAUUUAGCUUCAACCCACCUGAAAGCUAAAAUAGACUCAUUUAAUGAUUUAGCUAAACGCAUCAAGAGAGCAAAUGCUGUCCUACAAAUAAAUGGGGAAUGAAGCUUUGUUCCUUCCCACUGAUCAUCUUCCUUUCUUUCGCAGCUGUAUCCAGGUAUAGAUGUUUUGUUGAAUAACUUGAACAUGCUUCUUGGCACAGUCAACAGUGUGUUGCCAGUGGGGACGCUGGGAUGGGCUCAUUAUACUCUGGCUGGGCCACCCUCGAUGAAGGAUGGACAACUUCUGCUCAAUAUGAACAUCUAUUUCAGUGAUAAUAAUGGCAACACCUUCAACCCAGUUCCAGCUGAGCCGCCCGCUCUGCCUCCAGUGACGGAUGAUACUUCCAGGCUGCUUUUAUCUCUCAAUAUCCUUCGCCCUUGGCUUGAGCUUCUUGUGAAAGGAGGACAGUUCAAUGCAGACAUCCCUCAACAAAUGCUGCCUGAUGUUGUCCCAAUGACCACUUCUGAGCUUGAGUCUAUACUAUCUGAGGUCUCUGGGCGUCUACCAGCUAACACGUCCUUGGUGGUCAGGAUGGGAGUCAUUGACACUCCAGCUGUGACUUUGCAAAAUGGGACCCUCACGGUGACCCUCAACACCACCAUGAAGUGCUCUGGUCUCACUCCGCUCCUUGUGUUGGAGGCUGACAUGAAACUGACUGGGCAGCCCAUCAUUUCGGGAACAAAGCUGCACCUCUCCUUAGCCUUAGACAGUUUUGACCUCAGACUUGUUUCCUCUGAAAUUGGUGACAUUGACGUUGGACUCCUCAAAAACUGGAUCCUGGACAUUCUUCAAAUUGCAUACAUACCUCGGCUUAAUGUUGCUCUUGACAAAGCAGCGUUGCCUCUUCCGAACAUCUUGAAUAUGGGUUAUGCUGAUGGUCAAGCCAAUAUCCUUGGGAACAUCAUCAUGGUUCCGCUGAUUCCAAAGCUUCCAUAGAUGGAUCCAUGUUGCUACAGAAGGAGCUUCAAGAUAGACCAGAUCUCCUUUCUGGCUGCUUCAUCUGCCAUCUUGCCUCCAAGUCUGAACAUGGAAGAAACCUCAGCUGUAUCCUCAUUUCAGUUUCUCUUUGAGCUGUAGACCUGCUCUGGUCCAGGGAAGAAAUAAUGCUUACCUUUGUUUCAUCUUGUCAAGGAGGGAUGUCAACUGGCUCUUCUCCAGUCAAUAAAAUAUAUCAUUUCCCAGCA